AUGGAAGCGGAUAAUUUAAAUAUACAAAAUGAUUUAAUCAAAUGUGAAAUAUGUUUAAAAUCUUUGCGUCCAGAUAACUUUCAACGACAUUUAAAAAGACAUACAGCAGAACCUCUUCAUGAAUGUUUUGCGUGUAAAAAUAAGUUUAUAUCAAAAAUGGAAUUAAAAGUUCAUUUACGGAAGCAUACGGAUUUUAAGCCAUUUGAUUGUCAACAUUGUGAUAAAUCAUUUAAGCAACGUAGAUCUUUGUUACAUCAUCUGAAUGUGACCCAUUUUGAUAUAAUUAAAGAAAAAUUUCCAAUCAAGAAACGAUUAAAAGUUCAUAGAACUGUUGAAUGUAAUAUAUGCUCGAAAUCUAUUGGUUCAAAUAAUCUUUUACGACAUUUACAAACACAUAAUCGUAUACGACCGUUCAAUUGUUCUAUUUGUGGUAAAAGUUUUACGCAAAAGGUACAAUUACAAAUUCACACGAGAAUACACACGGGUGAGAUGCCAUUUAAGUGUAAUCAUUGUGAUAAUUCGUUUAAACAGCGAACAUCGUUGUUGUACCACCUUAAAGUGCAUCAUAAAGAAGAAAUUAAACCAUCAUCCACCGGAAAAUUUGAAUGUAAUAAAUGUGAAGAGAAAUUUUCGAAUAAAAUCAUUUUAGCUUCCCAUAAAAUGUUUCACGCAAAAGAAACAAGAAAGACAAAUAACAGACCUACAGUAAAAACGCAUUUAUGUAAUUAUUGUGGUGCUGCAUUUCUAACGAUUUCUCAAUUACAAGAUCAUAUUGGUACUCAUACUGGAGAAAAACGUCAUAAAUGUGAUGUUUGUGGGAAAUCAUUUGCUGCAUAUUCUUCACUCGAUGUACAUCGUAGACGCCAUUUAAAUGUUAAACCGCAUAUAUGUAAAUUUUGUGCAAAAUCAUUUGUAACUAACAGAGAAUUAAAACGACAUGAAUUGAUUCAUACCGAUGAAAGACCGUUUACAUGUAAAAUUUGUGAUAAAAGUUUUCGACAACGAACACAUUUGAAGUAUCACAGCUCUACACAUACGGGUGACAAACCGUAUAUUUGUAAUAUAUGUGCCAAGUCAUUUGUGACUAGCGGAGAAUUACAACGGCAUGGAUUGAUUCAUACCGAUGAAAGACCGUUUACGUGUAAAAUUUGUGAUAAAAGUUUUCGACAACGAACACAUUUGAAGAAUCACAGCUCUUCGCAUACGUCGAGUGAUAAACAAAUCACAUGUCCAGAAUGUGAUAAAGAAUUUUACGAUGUUCGUAGCAUGAAUCAACAUAAGAAAACACAUUUUAAACAUUUAAUACUUAACGAUACUGAAAAUGAACAUGCGUAUAUGAUUAAUUUUAACAAAAUAUGUCGGACAUGUUCAUCAGAGGGUGAAUUACAAUCACUUUUUGUAGAAGAUCCAAUUUUACUGGCUGAUAUGUUGAAUCAAAUUGUUGAUGUUAAGGUUAAUAAAGAUGAUAAUUUUCCACAAAAUAUAUGUACAUAUUGCUUAGAAAAACUAAAAACGGCAUAUUAUUUUGUACAACAGUGUCACAAUGUAAACAUUAAACUAAAAGAAUAUAUGGAAAAUGGUGUAGAAAUUACAGAGGUUGAUAUAAAAGAUGAAUCAAUUGAAGAAUAUAAAGAAGACUUUAGUUCGUACACACAAUUAGAAUUUUUAGUUGAUGGCGAAGAUUUCAUAGGCGAGACUGAAGACAUCAAAUCGGAUAAUUCAGAAGAUAUCGAUAAUUCAGAUAAAAAUUCUAGUACAAAAAAGAAAGUUAAGUUAAUUGAAUGUGACAUUUGUUUAAAAACUUUACGUCGGGGUAAUUUUCGCAGACAUUUAAAAACUCAUACCGGUGAUCGUCCUCACGAGUGUUCGUUUUGUGAUAAAAGAUUCAUACAAAAAACGGAAUUAGAAGCACAUGUCCGAAAACAUACUGGUGAAAAACCAUUUAAUUGUAAUCACUGUGAAAAAUCAUUUAAACAACGUAUUCAGUUAUUCUAUCAUAUCAAAGUGAAACAUAGUGAGGAAAUUAAACCAUCGCCAGCAGGUAAAUUUGUUUGUGAUAUUUGUGACGAAAAAUUCUCGAAUCAAUUAAUUUUAUCAUCACAUAAAUUAUUACAUAAAAAAAUCACACCUAAAUCUCAUUUAUGUAAUCAUUGUGGUAAAGCUUUUUAUUCGAAUUCUAAAUUACAAGAACAUAUUCGUAUACAUACCGGGGAAAAACAUUAUAAAUGUGAAAUUUGUAAUAAAACAUUUUCAUUAUAUUCGGUUUUAUAUUCACAUCGGAAAACACAUUCGUUGGAAAAACCGUAUAAAUGUAGUUUUUGUGAAAAGUUAUUUUCAACGAAAUUAACAUUAAAUGUACAUGAAUUAAUUCAUACCGGUGAUAAACCAUUUAAAUGUGAAAUUUGUAAUCAACGAUUUCGACAACGGAAUCAUUUAAAAUAUCAUAGUUAUACACAUACGGGUGAGAAACAAUAUAAAUGUACAUUUUGUGAUAAACAAUUUGCGUUGAAAGGUAAUUUAACGGUACAUCAGCGUACGCAUACGGGAGAAACACCUUACGUUUGUAUAAUUUGUGGUAAGGGAUUUUAUGAGUCGAGUAGUUUGAAACGACACAGAUUGAAAAAACAUUUAAUUGUAGAUAAUGUUAAAACUGAACAAGUAUCUAAUUAAAAAAAACAAUAUUUGCUAUUUAAAAUCAAAUGUAUAAAAUUAUAUAUAAUUAUGUUACGCUUGGCAACG